GUCACCCAAGCAGUACCAUUGGCGUCUUACGUUAUAGGGCUCUUACGUUAUACUACUUUACCCACAAUCCAGCACAUGUAUAGUUUCAGUGCCGCCAUGUUGUAGGAAAUCCGUUUGUGGUGGAUUGGGGUUUAAUCCGAGUGAAGACGGACGGGGUCUGGAAGAUUGAACGGAUCGCUGUAAAAUCCAUACCAAAUAGGCCAAAAAAAAUGAAAUAGAUCAAGACGAUUGACAUUUUCUUUAACUAAGCAGAGUGAAAUUAACUAUUUGGCUUGAUACCCAAGAGGAACGUUACGGGGUUUUUUUUCCCCACUUAUGCAUCUAAGUAACAUUUUUCGUUUGCUGGUUUAGGUUAGCUAGCUAAUUCUGUCAGAAAUUGACAGCAACUGGAGAGCUAACGUUACCGAAGGACAUAGAAGGCAUUCGAGCAAGGAAAGCGUCCCCCUUACCCCUUCCCCUCUCUGCUUUCACCUCGCACCCAACCUGUGCGAAGAAACCCAGUUUAAGGUGCUAACGUUAGCUACCGGUUUAGAUUUUGGGGCAAAGGAAUUCAGAUCGCUUGCUCGCUAGCUAAUUGAUCUUGCACGGAGGAAUUGGCUAGCUAAACUGUAGCUGGCCAGAUAGCUGUAUUUUUUCUCUCGCACAUUUCCUGGCGUGAAACGAAGUGAAACAUGUCAGUGAAGGAGCAGAACAAGCAGUCCACCACCGAACGGCCAAUUAAAGCCGUGCCGUACCCCCCCACCACACGCCUCUCCAUGAAGGAGCUGUACGAGGAGGGCAAGCCCAGGGUGGAGGUGCUGAAGACCCACCUGGUGAAGGAGGGCCGUCUGGAGGAGGAGGCAGCCCUCCGCAUCAUCAAUGACGGGGCGGCCAUCUUACGCCAGGAGAAGUGCAUGCUGGAGGUGGAGGCUCCAAUCACAGUGUGUGGAGAUGUCCAUGGGCAGUUCUUCGAUCUGAUGAAGCUCUUUGAGGUGGGCGGGUCCCCCAACAACACGCGCUAUCUGUUUCUGGGAGAUUAUGUGGACCGGGGAUACUUCAGUAUUGAGUGUGUUCUGUACCUGUGGACCCUGAAGAUCAACCAUCCCACCACACUCUUCCUGCUCAGAGGGAACCACGAGUGCCGACAUCUCACAGAGUACUUCACCUUCAAACAGGAGUGUAAAAUAAAGUAUUCGGAGCGCGUCUAUGAUGCCUGUAUGGAUGCGUUCGACUGCCUGCCCCUCGCCGCCCUCCUAAAUCAGCAGUUCCUGUGUGUCCAUGGCGGUCUGUCCCCCGAAGUCAGCUGCUUAGACGACAUCAGGAAAUUGGACAGGUUUAAGGAGCCGCCAGCCUUCGGGCCCAUGUGUGACCUCCUGUGGUCCGACCCGGGGGAGGACUACGGCAGCGAGAAGACCGCAGAACACUUCAGCCACAACAGCGUGCGUGGCUGCUCCUACUUCUACAGUUACCCGGCAGUAUGCGACUUCCUGCUGAAUAAUAACUUGUUAUCAGUAAUAAGAGCCCAUGAAGCCCAGGAUGCGGGGUACCGCAUGUACAGAAAGAGUCAGACCACAGGUUUCCCCUCAUUAAUCACAAUCUUUUCAGCACCAAACUACUUGGAUGUCUACAACAACAAAGCUGCAGUGUUGAAGUACGAGAAUAACGUGAUGAACAUCCGCCAGUUUAACUGCUCCCCUCACCCGUACUGGCUCCCUAACUUCAUGGACGUGUUCACCUGGUCCCUGCCCUUCGUGGGAGAGAAAGUGACGGAGAUGCUGGUGAACGUUCUGAACAUCUGCUCGGACGACGAGCUCAUGUCCGAGGGCGACGACACCUGUGAAGGUGGGACCCCAGCCGUGCGGAAGGAGGUGAUCCGGAACAAGAUCCGCGCCAUCGGCAAGAUGGCCAGAGUGUUCUCUGUGUUACGAGAGGAGAACGAGAGCGUGCUGCAGCUGAAGGGGUUAACUCCCACAGGGACCCUGCCGCUGGGCGUGCUGUCAGGGGGGCGGCAGACUCUUCAGAGCGCCACCGCAGAGGCAGCAGAGGCUAGAGCCAUCCAAGGCUUCAACCCCCAGCACAAGAUCCAGAGUUUCGAGGAGGCGCGCGGGCUGGACCGGAUCAACGAGAGGAUGCCCCCUCGCAAGGACGCCAAGCAGCCGGACGGCCUGUCCAUCAACACCGCCAUCGCUCCCGACAACAACGGGACCAAUGCACAGGCGUAGAGCCCCCCCCUAGCCCCCCCCUCCCCCAGAGCCACGACCACCUCCGCUCUCAUUCGCUCCUAACAGCCCUCUGCUGGAGUCCUGCUGCACUGCCGUGGGAAGCACGAAACAGCCCAAAACGACACCAGACCAACCACAGCAAAAUGCCCCCAAACAAAACCGAUCAUCAUUUUUAUUUAUUUAUUGAGCUAUAAUAACACUUUAAUAUCUGUAUGUAAUAGCUGGGAGUAAAUGAAUAAAAUGGUAUAUCUAAAUAUGUACAUAAAUAUAUAUGGGGGGAGGGGGGGCCCGAAGGAAAACCAUGGCAACAGUAUCCAUCGACGAUCUCAUCUUUGUAGAACUGAACUGAUGUAGGAGAUUAAUGUUACACACGCAUUUCUUUGGUUCAGAAGCUGGAGUUAAAGGUGUUGGGAGGCAAGUCCGUAAGGGAAGCAAAGGACGAAGAGUAACGGGAAGAGGAAAAUAAUGAGCACGGAAUAUUGUUUAAUGAAAUUUUUUUUUUGCAAAGGCAUUAAAGUAAUUGCAUGGGUCAUGUUGGCAUACGUUGGAAGGUUUUAGACUAAUUUACCACUGCUUUAUGUUCGAUACAGGUAUACAUGUUACACGUUACCAACGAAUGCUCCCUUGUCCCUAAAUGUAAGAAUUUAUGUUUUUUGGUUAGUUUUAUUUUCUUUUUUCUAGCCCCGUUAUAUCUGUCUGUACUUGAGCUUGUAAUGAUUGGUAUUUGUGGCCUCUUGGCUUUGCAGAAGCACGUGGACCCGCGUGUUCUCCCUCCAAAUUUAAGUUCCAGCCCUUGCUUACCCAUCCACUGCUGCCCACAGGCUGCUCACAUUGAGGCUAAUUUUUACGUGUGUUGGUUUCUGUACUGUAAUCGCUUUAAUCCCGUUGAUACUGUAUUUUCUUGGUCAUUUUCCACCGUGUCCCCACAGUAUUUCUAGACUGAAUGCAGCCGGUGGACUUCCUUCCCCCACUGUUUUGGCGGGAAGCGUUAAAGUAUGCCGAAUCCAGGGCACCUCAGCCUAGCACGACGUCUGAUGCCUCCCUGGGAGUGAGAAGGGUAUUUUUGGAGAGAUAACAGUAUUCACCAGGCAGUGGAGGGAACUUUUCCGUUCUCCUACAUCUCAGCUGGUGUGUGGUGAGCACUCUGGCACAAAAUGGCUGCCGUUGCAUAACCCAGGUGUGUGCAGCACAUUGGUGGUGGUUGCGGCGAGUUUCCCCCUCAUCACUGUAAAGCUCUUUGAAUGUGAGAAAAGCGGUAUAUAACUGCAACUAUCUGUCUGUUCUUUUCUGUUCUUUUACUGUAAAAUUGUUUCACUCCAUGCUGCCCAAUCACAGCUCUGUUCUAGAUGGGUGGGAGUCUCACACUGUAAAGAUGGAUGGAUAAUCGCAGUUCUAUAGCGUGUAUAUCAGACUCAAAGCGUGAUGAGGCGGAAUCUCGCCUCAACCACCACCAAUGUGCAGCACACACCUGGGUUAUGCAACGGCAGCCAUUUUGUGCCAGAGUGCUCGCCACGCACCAGCUGAGAUGGCGAGGCAGAAAAACAAGCCUCCAGCACUGACCUGUCCCUGAAGCAGCGCUGGCACUUCCUGGGAGGUAAACGGGCAGAGCGGCGUACUUCCUGCUGUAUCACAGCUGUAUUGCAGGAUGCGGACAGUCGGGAGAACUGUUCUCUGGAUCUGGGGCGCUCAGGGUUUGGGUCCGGCUGCAAACGGGUGGGUUCUGUGGAUAGACGUCAGGAAGGGACACUCGACGGUUAUUCAUUUGUAGCGAUCCUUCGUCUUUCGGUUCUUGUCCUACGAAAACGCGCUCAUCGAGCGAAUCCACUGUAAAAUGGCCGACGUAGGAAGGGAAAGCUACGUCAGUCGCCCUGGGCGAGCAUGCGCACCACCCUUCAUGCCAAGUAGAGUAGUGCCCCACCCGAUCACUGAGGUGGGGGGAAACAGACUGCCAGGCAGUAUCACGAGAAGACUCAUUGUGUUUGGAACAGACCUGGGUGAAAAACGUGACUGUUUUGGAUCCAAAUACUUUCCCACGGUUGAAUGAGCUCAUCCAAGCUUGUGUGGAAACCUAUGAAAUACUCUCAAAAAGUGCAAACCUCACCUUCUGGUCUUCUUGGUUGGCUCAGUUGCACCAGGAAAGGUCCAUCAAGCACAAAAAAGGAAUUUGAAUCAAAAACAAUGAUGUAUUCGACCAGGGUCUGGUCUGGGUAGUAAUAGGUGUCCUAAAUUGGGCACACCCGUCGUGGGGUGUAGAUACGGAGUGGCUUUGUCAGGCUUGUGGCCUGAGAGGUGACGGUUGAAUGUAUGCGGGUACAGAGCGAACAUGAAGCCAAAGAACUGUCCUCGUCCUGCUGGGCACGUUGGAUUGGUUGACAGAGUUCUGCAGUCGCUCUGCUGGUUCUUAUGGCCCAUACACACCAACAACUAUACCUAUAAUAUAACCAUAACUAUAAGCAUAACUAUAACCACGACAAUCUGAGCAUCCACACUGCUGAACGAUAACCUUAUUUAAAUAGUCUCCCGGCUAUUUACUCAUCUACCAUUUUGAACGUGACGCCCUGUAAAUUCGAAUGGAUUUUGAUUGGCUGUCGGUGUUUUAUCAUUCUUGCGGUUGGAAAAAAAAAAAUCUCUCAAAGUGAUCCCAACGAUAUCGUUCCUCACUCUCGUUGUCGUUAUAGUUGUGGUGUCAACUCCGGCAUCCACUUGAGCAAGCGAUUUUUGAAACGACACAUUUAUAGUUAUCGUUGUUGGUGUGGAUGGACCUUUACUCAUGGGCACAGCUCAUUGUGUAGUAACCAUGGUAAUCUGUUGCUUCAUGGGUAAAAGGGGAGGGUUCAUCCGGGGGGGGGGGGGGGGGUUGGACUCCAGGGGCAGUCCAGAAUGAUUUUCUUUCUUAUUUUUUUCCCCCCUUUGGAUUCUAUAUUUGUGUUGUUGCAGGGUGCCCUCUCUGUACUGUAGAAAAUGGGCUCUACAGGGCGGACUCAUCCUGCAGGUUACAUUUAAGAGGAAAAUGCGCUUUAGUGUGUG